UUGGGACGGGUCUGCUCUGGUGUGUCCAUUGGACGGCUGGACGCACACAGACUGUAACAAACGGGGCCGUUAAUUCAAUCUCAGCUGCUUUAACCGGACUUUAAUUCAGAUUUAAAUCCACCAAGACUCUGAACAUGGACACAGAGUCAGUUUGGGGUCUGUGUGCGGUGAGCAGCAGCUAAAACUUUCUCAAACUAAACCAUGGAGACGAGGAGGAAGCGGACAGCAGCGACAACACAAAAGUCAGUUGACAAACGGCUCAGUGUCCCGGCAGAUAACAACGGAAGAAUGGACGAUGUGAAAACUGGCCCGAACCGGGACUGACGCUCCUGUCCGGGUCUCCUCAGCCUACAUGUCACCCUCCUCUCCCUGCCAGAUGCCUCCGCGGGGCGACGGGGGCUACAAGCCGGCACCGGUGUCCCCUGCUCCGCCUGUCCCACCGAGGAGGGUCAGGGGCUCCGGCAGGACGCGGCGGUCCGGUGCAGGGGCAGGGGCAGCGGGAGCCGGAGCAGCGGAGAGGCGGGUGAAGUGUGUGCUGGUGGGGGACGGAGCUGUGGGGAAAACCAGCCUGGUGGUCAGCUACACCACUAACGGGUACCCCACCGAGUACGUGCCCACGGCGUUUGACAACUUCUCAGCGGUGGUAUCAGUGGAUGGGCAGCCAGUCAAACUACAACUCUGUGACACAGCAGGACAGGAUGAGUUUGACAAGCUGCGGCCUCUGUGUUACACGAGUGCAGAUGUGUUCCUGCUGUGCUUCAGCGUCGUCAGUCCUGCUUCCUUCCAGAACGUUCCUGAAAAGUGGGUUCCAGAGAUCCGCAGACAUGCACCCUUCGCGCCUCUGGUCCUAGUUGGGACACAGUGUGACCUCCGAGAAGAUGUCAAGGUUCUCAUUGACCUGGCUAAGUACCGGGAGCGACCUGUGGACCCAGCAGAUGCCCGGGACUGUGCGAUGGAGAUUGGUGCUGUGGCCUACAUGGAGUGCUCUUCCCUGACCCAAAAAAAUUUAAAGGAAGUGUUUGACACGGCCAUAUUGGCCAGCCUGCAGAACUACAGCUCCCAUAAGCACUCGAGAGGGAAACAGAAACGACGCAAAAAGCAAAGGCAGACACCUGACAAGAUGAAGAGUCUGUCUAAGUCAUGGUGGAAAAGGUACUGCUGCGUGGCCUAAAGCAGACCUGCAAUGGGUUUGUGUCUUAGACUCCGAUGUUAACUUUACCCUGGUCUCUGGUACCCUGGACUUGCUCCGAGUUUGGGUUUCUCUCUAAUGGAGCGUGAUGUUGAGCAGGACCUCGACUGGACUGUGGCUGGGAACCAAAGUAAGACUGUCACAGAUCUGAAAUGUUUUUGUUUUUUAUUCAAAGAGGGGCUUUAAGUCUUAUCAUGGAUGAGAUUUACUACUGAGCUCUAUCACAACCUGCUGGGAAAAUACAGCAGUACUGCCGUGUCCUUUUUCUGACCUGGUUUGAAUCUUAGCCUGCCUCCAGUACGAGCCCUCUGCAGGAGAAGGUGCGUCUGCCUCUGCUGGUGUUUAACUGGUAUGGACUGGGACUAUGUCAUGGUGGAUGUGACAAUGUUGCUUAUGAUUAGAGCGGCCCAGAUUUGAACAAGAACAGUCUCCUCUGUGUCAAACACAUAAAAUGGAAUAAUUUUAGUCUAGUGUUCUGGUGUCCCAACCUAGUAUGGAUAUAUGUGAGCAUGUUGUGUCACCUGGAGAGGAGCUUGACUUACUGGAACUGCAACUAAACAUCAUUUGUCUAACCUGUUUCCAACAUUAAUGAUCAGAAGGAACUGCUGACUAAAAUAGUGCUUCCCUGAAAUUAAACUUUGUCCUUAUUAACUUAUGACAAGAUGAGGACAUAUUGGAUUUUCUGACCUAGACAUGAUCACCUGACAUUAUCAUAGUCAGAACUUCGUCAACUCAUCAAGCCCAUGGUUAAUUUUAGAGCUUCUUUUUAUAACUGGGAUCACUGUUGCUCUAAUGAAUGAUUUUAUUAAACAGUCAAUAAUUUCAUCCUGGUCACAGCUUACAAAAUCUAAUCUGAAACACUGAUCAUAGUUUACUUACAUGGUCCUCUAUUUUAGUUUCGAUCUGAGCUAUUUAUGUAAAUAAGUCUGGCUUGGCUCUUAGUGUGGUUUUUCUUCACAUCGUGCUACUGUCAGGCCCAGAAGGAAGCCAGACAGUGAAUACGUUUUUUGUGGCUGAGAAGCACGUCUCAUACUCUGUCUUAUUUGCAACAGAACUAAGAAUGCCAAUGUCUUUGUCCACAAUGAGGGUCAAAAGUGAUCAUUCAUCAUCGUCAUCUAUCCGACAUUAGCACUAUAGGACUCUGCAGUCUGGCUUGCACUUGACCUUAUCAGGCAAUAGAAUAUUUUGCAGUUUUCAUGUUCGUCCUCUCUUUAUUAUCACAUUGUCCCACAAGCCACAACUUUGCUUAGUGCUGUAGCCAAGUGACUUCUGUAGAGAAGGCCUUUUUCACAUGCAAAGAAGGAAUCCAGUCUAAAACAAAACUACCAGGAUCUGAAAUGUUCAUCCUGUCAACCAGUAACUAGCAUCCGCAGGGCAAAAGUUGAAAGGCAGACUAAUACUAAACUGGUUUCAGAUAUUUGUACUGCUUGGUGUAUAUUGGAUUUAUCUUUCUGCACACUUAAACCGCCUUACUGUAAGUGUGAGCACUUAACAGAAUUACAUCAACCAAUCCUCUUUGCAUGUGUUUGAAUUAACAAAAUGAGCUUGGCUGUUUGUUUCUGCUGGUUUGCCGCGAUAAAAUAACUCGGAACAAACUGGGGAAUAAACAAAGAUGGGUUUUAUUUCUUAGCUUUUCAAUGCAAUUGUGUAUCCAAGACUGUGAAGUUUCAAGUAUGUGAAGUCUUUUCUUAAUAGUUAUGAGUUUGAUUCGUCAUGUUUGACGCUCUGCAUUUGUUCCCUUUACCCAAAAUAUGCUUUAUUACAGAAGUAACCAGUGGUAAUUUAUACCAUUCUGCAUUCAUAAUGCUUUAAUACAACAGAGACAUUUAGUGUCUGUGUGCUCUGAUAGUUCCGUAGCCUGUUUUAUCUUCAAUAGAUUAAGUUUUGUGUGUUUUAAAGCACAAAUAAAAAGAAAAUGUGUAGAUGUCAAACACUCAGCUGCCACACCUUCCUUUGUACAUUGUAGCUACUAAAACUAGAACAAAAUCCAGUAAUUUACAACUAUUUCUCUACAGUGCCUUCAUCUGAAUGGCUCUUUGUAUUAGAGUCACUGCAGCAGGGAGGAAAAAGGGUGCAACUAGGUUGCAGUCUGUAAUAGAUUCAAAGCAGAUCUGCCAUCAUUUAGUGUGCAGCAUAACUUAUAUUGAUCAGACAUUAAGACAAAAAUAAUUUUCACUCAUGCUCUUCAGUCUAACUUUGACCUAAGCAUCUGUCUGGAAUACAUCCCAGGACAAGUUAAACCUUUGUCUGACUAGUAACUCAGCGGUGAAAGGACAAGGUUAAAGGUUCAGGGUUAACACCGUCACAACUGUUUCCAUCUCACAACAAUGUUUCAUGUGACAACUAAUAUUCUGCUACUUUUGUGCUAAGUAAUUCCCACCAGUUAUAAUAACCCAUGUUUCUAAUUAUAUUCCUGACAAAGUCAAACAAAUAAAUAAACAGACACAACCCUGCUCUGGAGGGGUUUUAGUCAUUCUUGGGCUAAGAGUUGGGGAUCUCUGAUAGCUGUUAGCUCAGCGCUAAGAAAGCUGUAAACUCUGGGCUAAAAGGCGUCUGAACCCUGGAUUAAGUUUAAGGUGAAAGCCUUGUUAAUGUUGCAAAAGUGAAGCCGACCAUUCUAGUGUUUCUCUGCUGGUGUGAAUGGAGUGAGCUGUGGUGUGCCUCAAAAUUUUAUCAACAUGAAUCCCUGUUAAAUGUAAGGCUUAAGUUAAAAGUUAAACUAAACGUUAACUGUCUAGUUGAUGCAAACUGAGACAAGACUGCCACAACAUGCACAACCAUAGAGGAGGAUUUGUGCGACUCUGUAGAAUAUAUUCACCCAGUUAGUUAACAGCUCCUCUAAACAUUUCUGUUUUGUGCGUCUAAGUUUCCCAAAACACUACAGCUUGAUCUUUGCACUAAAAUUUGGUCUCUUACACUUGACUUUUCUGCAAAAAUAUCCUUGUGUGUAACCCAAACUGAUCUGCUGUGUUUUCUACUAUCUGGGUUCAAGUUGUAUACUAAUACACGCACACAGUGUUGCUAAAGAGAGAGCUGAAUCUAAAAUGUAUCUCAAGUUGAAAUGUCGAUGUUAGGCCUGUGUAUAAAACUGAGACUCCAGAUUUUAAGACUGGAGCUGUUUGGCAGUUCUCUGCUGAAGAUGUUACGACUGCGACUGAAUGGGUUCACUGUGUCGACAUUUUACUCAUGAUAGCAAAUGCAUUGUUUCUUGCUUGGGGGGAAAAGGCAUAAUAAGUUGCUUGUCUUGCUGUUUGUGUGCAGUCUUAGCUGAUGGUGGAUUUAAGUAGGGUAAAGGUCACACAGACCCUUAUGAUAGCUGGCAUUUCCUCUGUCAGGUCUCAUCAGUUCUACCUGCAUACAUGUAUAACUUAAAGAGAGCACAGUAAGUUUGUCGCAGUGUUUGUUUGCGUGCAGCACGUGGUUUGGCCUGCUUUAUACUGAGAGUCACUGUGUUAGAUUAUUUCUGUUUAAAUGUAUUAAAACAAUAUAAAUGAUGACAACAAUAUCUUGCAUGUUUCUGGCAACGACUUGAGGAUGACUCGGUCUUUGUUUUUGCUCUCCUCUCUUUAUCCAACCUGUAACUCCUGCUGGAUUAAGCUAAUGCUAUGUUCCUUUAAAGGAUACUUCACCCACAAAAUGACCAUUUGUAUAUCAGUUAGUCAUGCUGUGUUACCUUUAAUUUUCUGGCAUGCCUUCACAGAGAGCAAACAUAUUGAUUCAUUGGGGGCCAUGUUUAGCAAGAGCAAAACUAUAUCAAAACAUCUGUUUACAAACUCUCAUACAACUCAUGCAGUAUAAUCCAAGACUCAUUUAUCCAGUCAGAUACUCAGGAGUUCCCAAACACAUUCAUUUUUGCUAAAACAAAACCAAACCCAAACAUAGUUUUUGAGUCUGGCUUUGAAGAGAGCAGAUAUGUUUCUCUUUUAGUUCAGUUUUACAUUUUAAGGUUUUAGCGAAAAUGCAUGUGUUUGGGAAGUACUGAACAUCCAGCUGGAUAAAUGAGACGAGUUGUGUGAGAGUUUGUAAAAACAUGUAGUUUACCUGUUGUGAAAGGUGGUCCCAUGUCAAUCAAUAAAUGAAUAUGUAUAAGUAAACAGAACUCCCCCUGUACAGCCAGUCCGAAGGAUCAGGUGCUGGUACACAGGAAUGUCUCAGAUAGAAUAAUCAACAUAAACCACCGCACACUGAACUGAAUUACUGUUAUUUUAUUGAGAGCAAACAACGUAUUUCACCCAUGGCUUCUUCAGGUUUGCUCAACAGAAGAUUCUGUUGAGCCAUGGGUGAAAUGCGUUGUUUGCUCUCAAUAAAAUCACAGUAAAUCAUUAUGUAUGUCAAGAACGUUUCCCUAAUGCAACGGUUCGUAUAAUAUUCUAUGAAAAAGCUCACGUAACUAUUUAUAUGAUAACGUGAAGUUACGGAGGUUAGGUUUAGGCAAGUAAAGUUACUGUGGUUAGGUUAAGAGAAAAGAAACAUGGUGAGGACAGACCUUAAAAUGUCUCAAAGUUCACACUGGUCUCCUGGGGAAAGUCCUGUGUUUUGUGACCCAACCUGUCUCCUUACAGGAGCACUUUCUUGUUUUCUUCCAUCAGCACAUUGAUCACAUGAUCACAGCUUUCCAAAAUAUGCAGGUUACACUCAAAUUACUGGAUCUUGAUUACUUGGGAUACGUAUGACUAUUGUUGCAUUACUUUACGUCAGAAACCGUAUGAACACUGCAUGAGAACAGCUUGAUAUACAAAUGGUCAUUUUGAGGGUGAAGUAUUUCUUUAAAGAGAGUCCAUGCUGUCCUCUCUGCCACAAGUGAACAUAGUUUAACAGUAAAACAAGUAGAGAAGAGCCAUAACUUUCUAAUUGAACUUCUAAUUUAGCAAGUAAGGCUGUAGCAGUGAAACUCCUGAAGAUAUUGAAUUAAAAAACGGUGCAUGUCUCCACUUACAAAUUCAACUUUUCAUGUGUAAUAAUCUUUUUUAUUUUUAUACAUGUUACAUUGUCUCACUUUAACGUGUUAACUGCUUUGCAGGAGCCAGAGUAGGCAGGUUGAUCCACAGCAGUGUGAGUCCUGUAUGACAGAUGGACGGCUUUGUAAUGUUGAACAGAUGGGUCUCUGAAAGUGAACUAUUGUGUUUAAAGAUGGUCAGAGAAGAGACAUGAACUUGACUGUCCACUAGGCAGACUGAGGAUUGUGCUGGAAAGUCUGUGUUUUGUUGAAGGUUAGACAGAAAUGUUAAUGUCCUGUGUUUGGGACAGGUGUCUGGAUGUGGACCGGACAAUAUGGCUGCAAAGGCUGACCUCAGUUAUUGUGAUUAAUGUGGUGUUGGAAUUUAUAAUACAAAAUGAAACGGUUUCUGCGUGUGAAAGGGUCUUGGAUUACUGUAAACAAAUCAGUGUUUGUAGACUUUAAUUCCCACACAUUCCUAAUUAUUGAUUGCACAAGAAUUUCCCAUAAAGCCCAGGGAGUUUAAACAAAAGCAGACCGCCUGGGGAAGCAGACAGAGCGGCUCAUUCUUGAGAUUUCAUUGUUUUAUUGAGGUUGAUACCCCCUGAAGCACACCUGAGCUCACUCACAUGGGGCACCAGCUGAGAGCUUCUCCGAGGAAACCGCCCCACUCAGCCUGUGUGAAACAUCAUUUUUUCUGCAUGUAAAAACAUUGUAACAGCUGCCACAUCCCGCUCACACUGAACUCUCUGUUUAACUGAGGACGUCAGUCGGAGAAAGAAGUGUUUGUACAGAAGUUUUAUACCCUGAGAAAUAAAGAAUAUUGUGUAUAAUACAUGCUGUGUGUUGUUGAUUUUGAGGCUCGGUGCUCAGUGGUCGGACUGGGAAUGUGUGUGUGUUUAAAUAUAACUCCUUCUGAGCACCAGCUGUAAAGGAGAACAUGUUUUUUUGUUUUUAG